AUGACGCUCACUCGGACACGUACGACUGAUUCAGGGAAAGCAGUUGUGUUUUUACAGUUACACCAUCUGUUGAACCCCGGACAGUUACACCAUCUGUUGAACCCCGGACAGUUACACCAUCUGUUGAACCCCCGGACAGUUACACCAUCUGUUGAACCCCGGACAGUUACACCAUCUGUUGAACCCCGGACAGUUACACCAUCUGUUGAACCCCCGGACAGUUACCAUCUGUUGAACCCCGGACAGUUACACCAUCUGUUGAACCCCGGACAGUUACACCAUGUUGAACCCCCGGACAUUACACCAUCUGUUGAACCCCGGAUAGUUACACCAUCUGUUGAACCCCGGAUAGUUACACCAUCUGUUGAACCCCCGGACAGUUACCAUGUUGAACCCCGGACGGAUUUACCAUCUGUUGAACCCCGGACGGUUACACCAUCUGUUGAACCCCCGGACAGUUACACCAUGUUGAACCCCGGACGUUACCAUCUGUUGCGGACGGUUACACCAUCUGUUGAACCCCCGGACAGUUACCAUCUGUUGAACCCCGGACAGUUACACCAUCUGUUGAACCCUGGACAGUUACACCAUCUGUUGAACCCCGGACAGUUACACCAUCUGUUGAACCCCCGGACAGUUAUACCAUCUGUUGAACCCCCGAACAGUUACAUAUUUGAACCCCGGACAGUUACCAUCUGUUGA